CCUGACCCCUUUCUUCAAGAAAUUCUUGCCCUGCAAGCCAGACCGAUUCUCUCGCUUUCGCCUCUCUCCGUCCCCACGACAAGAAAAGCAGCUGGCAUCACCAUUUCACUGGAGUCGACAGUCUCCGAUUCAUCAAGUCGAGGUCACAGUACCUUCAAAACAUACAGCAGCAUGGUCUUUGUAGUCUCAUCGAGGACAGUCUUCCUGCCUUUGUUGCUUCUCUCAGUCGCUCGACACUUUGCGGACGCACACACAUGGCUAGAUUGCAUUGACACGGAUCGAUCGAAAUUGUACGACCAGAGCGCUUCGUAUAUUUUUGAUGGUGCAGGCGGGAACGGAUUUUGCGAUGGCUACGGAGCAGGUUACCCCGGACGCGGUGACGGUAGCAUUGGCACUGAAUAUACUCACAAGAUGCUGAAAAACGAGGUCGAAGCUGGUAUCCCAGUUUGCCAAGAGGUUGGUCCCAACACUUACUCGGAUUGGCGUAAGCGACUUUCAGUUGCAGCGGGACAGACAGCGUACUUCGCGUAUUUGCCUAAUGGACACAUCGUCAAGGACAAGAAGGGCGUUGGAACCCAGCACGGUGUCUACUGGACAGGCCAGGUCGGCACAUCGCUCACAUCGACACACGACAUGACACAGGAGCACUUGAUCGACGGAAAAACGAUGGAUUACGACGAUGGAAAUUGCGGCGAGACCGUCGACUACAAUGGCGCUCCUAGUGGUCGUGCAGGGGACGGUAAACCCUGCAUUGGUUCCUUUACCGUGCCGGCGGGCACGGCAUCGGGAAUCUACAAAAUGGUGUGGUAUUGGACGGUUACUUUGGUGCGGCGUACUCGACUUGUUUCGAAGUUGAAGUGA